AUGGUGGAGAAGGAAGUGAUGAUGUACUCUCCGCUCAAUCUUUAUCCUGUUGACAUCCCUAUACAUAUUUUUAAUGAUAACUAUGAUACCGAUUAUUUGAUAGAUGUGAUGGGAGUCUUGAAAGCUGUGGGUGUUGAAAAGGUUUAUUCUCGAAAUGGAAGCGAAUCAAAGAUGAUUCCUAUAGAGCUGAACUACGAUGGAUUCUGUUUCAAAGUUACACUCUUUGGACCUUAUGCGGACGAGUUGAACGCUUUUAUCGCAUCUGGUGAAGCAGAUAAUGCUGUCGUUGCUGUUUUGUUGGCCAAAGUCAAAAUGUUCCAAGGUCAACCAACUAUUCAAAACACCAUAUACGCCACUAAACUGGUUUUCAAUCCUGUUUACACAUCUGCGGUUGAUCUCAAGAAAAGGAUGCUUGGGAAAAGUGCUACUCCAUCACCUGGUAUUUCUCUAUUAAAAGAUACUUCUAAAAUUAGCAAUGAGGAUGAUUUUCUCAAUUUGACGCCAAUGACAACUAUUGACGGAGUUAAGGAUUGUAGUGUGGAAAAGACAUUUGCUGUAUUUGGUACGGUGAAUUUUAUCGAUGGUUCUGAAUGGUGGUACACUGCGUGCACCUGUAAUAAAAAAGUUUAUCCAGAUGAGCGUAUGUACUUUUGUCCUAAGUGCAACAAGCAUGUCAUCAACGUCUCUCCAAGGUACAUGAUUAAGGUCAAAGUUAUUGACCAUACUGAUUCUGCUACCUUUCUCAUUUUUUAUCGUGAUGCUACCGAUCUAUUCAAUAAAUCUUGUGCUGAUAUGAUCGAAGCUUUUGGGAUGGGUAAUUUGGCCGAUAUUCCAGAAGAGAUUGGUGAUCUGGUUGAUAAGUCAUAUCUUUUUAAGGUUGAAACCAAUGUUGAUCCUUCUGGCAUGUACGAAAAAUCUUUUAAGGUCAAGAAGAUUGUGGCCGACCCUGUUUUGAUUGAAAAGUUCAAAGCUAAAUAUGUAGAAUAUUUGUUUGAUGCUUCGAGGAAGUUGAUUUAG